UUUCCCCUCAUACGCUUGAGAAGUUUAAAGAAGACCGUUCUCUGCCUUCUCUUCAGUUAGCACCAUGGCUCCUUAUUUCAUCUUGCAGUGGAUCCUAAUGGUCCUAUUUACAGGUCUCUCAGUAUCAGGCUCUCCAGUGAGAGGAGUGGUGGGUCAGAAUGUCACUUUGCCCUGUAAAUACCCAGUUAAUCACCAAAAUGACAUCACAACAAUGUGCUGGGGCCGGGGCAGCUGUCCUUCUUCUCAGUGUUCUCAGACAAUUCUCCGGACAGAUGGACAGAGGGUUACAGAGCGUCAGUCCAGCAGAUACCGGUUAGAAGGGAAUCUCGCUCAGGGGGAUGUGUCCCUCACCAUAGUGAAUGCGGCAGAAGCAGACGGAGGGAUGUACUGCUGCCGUGUGGAGAUCCCUGGUUGGUUCAAUGAUCAGCUGAUCAAUCUGGAAGUUGUGAUUAAGAAAGCUAGGACCUCCACUGCAGGCCCUCGCCCUUACACACCGGAACACACCUCAGACUAUGCUGACAUCAAUCCAUCAGCAAAUGGAGCCAGAAUCCACGCGGGCAGGGGUGCAUGUUGGAAUCAGCAUUUUUGUGGUACUUCUAGUCAUCCUGGUUUUGGCCCUAAUUAUAUCCAAAAGGUAUUUCCCCAACAGACUGAAGCUGAAGACUUUGGCAAGCUCAGUCUCAUUUUCCAACCCAGAACAUGGAGGCCUCCAGAGCACGUUGGAAGCUGGGGACCAUGCAGAGGAGAAUAUUUAUACGAUGAGCUAAGGAAUGAUUGGAUGCUUCCCUGUAGCAACUCUGUGGCUUUCGCCAGUUACUACAAAACUAGCACGGUUUAUACAGCAUUCAGAACGAUAUGUUCUGCUGACCACUUCUAACCCUUGUUUGAUAUAACUGAGGACACUGAAGGGGGGUGCUCCUGGUGGAGGGCACAUGGACUCGCAAACUGUUACUGGCAUCACUCCAUUAAAGCAAGAAGUCUCUACAAAUUCGAGGCUAAGACUUUGCCAGUCUAUUGCAGACCCAAGACUCCCACUGUUUAGUGUCAUUCUCAGAAUCCAUUCACUGAAUGGGAGCGAUAUGCAUAUUACAUUUGUUAUCAGAUGCAAAUUGCCACUUCUGAUAGUGAAUGAGAGCAAUGCCACAAUGCCUAAGCAGCUGAGAAGAGAGAAGCUACAGUCCACUUUCCUAUUUACCUGUGUCUCCAGCAUUGUUGUCUCUCCCUUGAUGCUGGAUUUCCUGGGGCAGGAUGGCACAGCCAGGAACCAUGCUGUGCCAUCUGCAAGGAUGAGCAGGCUGUGGCAGUUGUGAUGAUGUAGAUGUAAAGAGGGAUGUGUUUAUGUGACUGUUUCAAGCAACAAAAGUUUAACUGGGUUUCUGCUAAGGCAAAAUAUAUUCAUUCUUGGUUACCAGUGAGGGUUCAAUCCUGCUGGGUCCUAAGUGCUUCCAGGAAGAUGCUGAAACUCUUCAACUUCUGAGAAGUCAGUUGGAAUGGAGAACACUCAGCACUUCUCAGAAGGCACUCAGCACCUUGGCAGGUCAGGCUCUUAAUACAUAGAAUAGGUACAUUUUGUUGGCUCAGUUAAUUAUGACUAAGCACGUUUUACUUGGGAAACAAUACAUCCGGUUCUUCCUCUGUGCUUUUUAAAAAACUGAUAUGAUUCAUACCAUGAACCACAUUAGUGACAGGCUCUCCCAUUUCCAGAACUCUAGGAAACUAGAAAAAACACUAGCUACCCUGAAGAAUGAAUAAUAAAUUCCUCUCACUGCUGUUACCAAGAGGAAACUGAGUCACGUUGGAAGGGUAUGUCAGAGAAUUUAGUAGCGCAACAAAUGUUGGGCUAAAUUCUGCUCUCCACUUACAUCAAUAUAAAUCCAAAAUAAGUCCACUAACUGAACUGAAAUUUGAAUUGGAUUGAAGCUGUGUAAGGGGACAGCAGGCUGAGACAAAUUCUGCUUCCCGCAUACACGGCUGUAACUGGCACCCUAGUUCAUGGAACUGGUUUUGGACUUGUGGCCCCCAUGCUUUUUGGUCGAGGGACACUGCAAAACAAAGAAUGAGGAUGUCCCAUAAUGAGCUGGAUUGGGAUGAGCCAGCAUAUUUCAUUUUGUAAGUCAUGCAAUAGAACACAACCUAACUGGUACAAAUUCAGGUAGUUCUGGUGGGAAGAAGAAUUUUGCUCAGCUGUUUUUUAAAACCCACUUUUUCACCAGCUAUCUCUAGAAAACUAGAACAGAUUUCGUGCGACUGCAAAGACUUAGUACGUGCAAGAGAGACACAAAUAUCUCCUGAUAUAGAUUCAUAGAUUCUAGGGCUGGAAGGGACCUCGAGAGGUCAUCAAAUCCAGUCCUCU